AUGAAGGGAAAUAUCACCACGGUCACCAACCCUGAUGACUCGGCCGAUGUCAAGUCCUUCACCUACGACUACUCUUACUGGAGCUUUGACGGCUGCAAGGAGGAGCCCAAUGGCUACUUUGCCAAGCAGUCACCCAACUCAAAGGAGAAGGAGUUUGAAGUGAGGUUCAGCAUGUUGGAGAUCUACAAUGAGGUAGUUCAUGACCUGCUCAACCCCACCAAGAGCAAGAAAGGCCUCAAGGUCCGCCAACACCCGAAGAAAGGCUUCUAUGCUGAAGGCCUCAAGCUGGCUCUGGUCACCAACUACAACGAAAUUGAGCAGAAGAUGAACGAGGGCACCGUCAACCGCACCAUCGCCUCCACCAACAUGAACGCCACCUCAUCCCGCGCCCACACCAUCGUUGGCAUCACCGUCAUACAGAAAUUCAAAACAAUGCUGGACAAGAAACAGCAAAGCAGGCCGUUGUGA